UGAUUUUCGCGUUUCCAGCAUAGAUUGUAAAAUAUUUUACAUUUAGGGAAUGAUAAAAAAUAUUAAGAUUUUUUUAAGUCGCACAUGAAAUUAAAACAUAUCGAAAUAUAACGAGCGUGAAUGAUUUUCUGUGCAUUGUUUGGAUUCGGCCAUUUUGAAGUGGGGAAGGUAAGGGAGAAGUCGUACAAUUGUUGCCAUUCUUAACGCGGAUACUGCAGUGUCUAUUGAUUGAUUGCCGAUUUAACGAAUAAUUAUUCGUAAAAAAUUAUUACAUUUAAUAGAGAUAAUAUUUCUGUAAAAAAAUAGAAAAGAAAAUUCCCUGGUGCGUAUCCCUUUGUCAGCCAUGUGCAUAAGUACAUCGUUUAAAAUGUCCUCGCAACCCGUAGUGAGCAGCCAAUAAGGAGAGGGCGGCAAAGCCACGUGACUGCGGCCGGCCAAUCGUCAGGACGAGAUUUGAAAUCGUGCGUGGUCUUUGUUCACGAGCCUCCCGUCAACGUUACUUCAGUUCCGUAAAGGGGGUCUUGUGUCGGUGUCCGUUUAUACAUGGUCGCUGCCAAAAAUCGCAUAAUUCUCUUGUAAAUAUAUGUGUGAAAGUGGUGCUUGCCCGCGAGGACGACGUGCUUUAAGGAUUGUCAAACACACGUCAGGUGAAUGUUGGAUACGGAGAGUAGACACGGUACUGGGCUGGUUCAGGGACCGACGAGGGACCCUUGGCUCACGAUGGAUUACUAUCUCGGUACGGACAGUCUAUCCUUGCAAGAGAUGCUCGAUGUCGACAUCAAAUGCGAGAUCGAAGGUGUUAUCGGUGGGCAUACAGAGCUAGGCUUCAAUUUUACCGACAUGUCCGGCUUAGAAAUGGACGACGAUCCCAUUGGAUGCCAGAACGACCUUAGUGGAUGGUUUGGUUCCACCAGUUUGCUCAAUGGCAACAGCAACAGUUCGAACAGUAAUUUUAAUCUCGAUCUCAGCGGAAGCGAUGCAGCCUCCAUUAUGGUGAAUCCCAACUCGGUAAUGCCUCACAUAGCAAUUCGAAGUCCCACCCCAAACAACGGUCGAAGGCACUUUUCGUUUUCAUCGAAAAAGGAUAUAAGAGAGAAGAUCGAUGUAGAGGAGGAGACGGAAAACGAGGGCAGCAGUUACACAGAAAACGAGAACGAAAACGAGAAUGAGAAUGAGAAUGAGAAUGAGAAUGAGAAUGAGAACGAGAACGAGAACGAGAACGAGAAUGACAACGAGAACGAACAGGAAAAUGAGAUUGAGAACGACACCGAGACGGAAGAACAAUACGAGAAUGAUAUCACGGAAACAGAAGAGGAUUCCGAGGACGAGCAGGAGAUCUCAAAGUCGGUGACACCUUCCAAGUCGAAAACAAUCGCUAUAUCCGUCGCUAGAACGACCUCUCCACAAUACCCAAAGGCACAAACCACACCAAAAAUGAACGGCAUGGCCGGUAUCAGGAUUCAGAACUUCAAGGUGUUACAGAGUCCCAACCAGACACAUCAGCACGUGCGUAAGCAGAUCUAUAACAAUAACGUACACAUCAACAAUUCAGGAGCCUCCUCUGUCUCGACGGUGAAAAGAGAAAAGGAAUUCGAUCUAUCAGACUACGACGACAAACCCUACCCUAAACCAGCUUACUCUUAUUCUUGCCUGAUAGCGAUGGCGUUAAAAAAUAGCCAGACGGGUUCUUUGCCAGUUUCAGAGAUCUACAAUUUUAUGUGCGAGCAUUUUCCGUACUUCAAAACUGCGCCCAACGGCUGGAAGAACUCAGUUAGGCACAAUUUAUCGUUAAACAAGUGUUUCGAAAAAAUUGAAAAACCUGCCGGAAAUGGAAACCAGAGAAAAGGUUGCUUAUGGGCUAUCAAUCCGGCCAAAGUGGCAAAAAUGGACGAAGAGGUACAGAAAUGGUCUAGGAAAGAUCCUUUAGCUAUCAAAAAAGCAAUGAUAUAUCCAGACCAUUUGGAAUUACUCGAAAGGGGUGAAAUGAAGUACGCAGGUAACGGUGACGUAUCUGAAGAAACGGAAAGUUCAGGUGACGAAGCAGUUGAAGAAAACACGACGUACGAGGAAUCUAUUCACGGUCAUAUAGCUGCAAACUCGGUAACAGAUAGUUACGAUGAGAGCAGCCAAGACUGUGAUGUAGAUAUUCAAGAGCAUCUUUAUGACGAAAUUGACAUCGAGGACAAUAAGGACGCGUUACAUAUGCAUUUAAAUAUUUCAAAGCAAGAACCGUUCGAGUAUGAGCUUAGUUCCAGUACGAAAAGGCAAAAGACAUUAACCGGUGCGAUACAAGGGAAUUACGUGUAUCAACCUGUGACUACUUCGCGAAGAAAAACACCUUUUUUUUUACGAGCCGGAACGGGAAGCAGUUCAUUUCUUAAAAUUGAUUAAGAUUAAGUUCAUCGUCGAAUUAUAAAUUACUAAUUUUAUGCGUAUCCAUCUAUCUAUCUAUAUAUACAUAUAUAUAUACAUGCAUAUAUUCUAUAUACUAAUGUAUGUAUAUACAUAUACAUAUAUGUACAUAAAUCGACAAGUACAACGCUUCAGGAAAAUAUUUGAUACGCAGGAAACAUUCCACUUCUAAACAACGUAAUUUAUUCUCUUUUUUCUUUACAUUCAUUUUCUUAAUGCGGUCGAUAAUCCUGCUAUUCUAUGCUACACAACAAAUUUUCAUUUACUUAUAAAACACGAAUUUGUAAGUAAAUGAAAAUAGAUUCCAACAGAAUAUUAGGAUUAUGCAGAGGACUUUUGUAUUAUAAUAAUGGCUACCAAGAGAAUUAUCGGAAAGCUCUAUGAUCUAAAGAAUUGAUUGUAUAAGUCAUACCUUUUUCUAUUUUUCUACAAAUACUUGAUUGCAUAUAUAAUCAUGCAAUAAUUACAAUUGUCAUUUUUCAGAUAAUUCUUCUUCCUAGUUUGGUGAUACGCGAGUCCUUUGACUCGUAGAAAUUCGUAGAAUAUAUAUAUCGCCGGUGAACAUAUAUGAGUUAAAUUUAUUUUAUUUAUAUCUUUUUAUCACAUUUGUAGAGUUUUAGAUGAAAAAUUAAUGAUAUUGUACCGUUGGUUUCUCAUACAAUUCCCAUUUAAUGGUAUAUUCACCUAUAUUGUUGAUUUAUUUUAUGUAAUUCCAUCUAAUUUGAUAGCGUUUUGUUCUUUGACUUCGAUGAAUCAUUUGAACAGAAGGAAUAUUUUUGUAUCAAAUAUUUUCUGUUGGCGGUCGUCGACUAUUUGACGAAUGUUAGAUUCACCACAUUCGUAAAUGUUGGUCCACAUUAUCUAAAUUUUUUUCUUUCUUCAAUUAACUUGUAAAAUAGAUAUGACAAAUAUACAUUUAGCUUUCUUUAGAAGGCAAUUUUUAUAUAUGAUCAAUUCGCGUAGUCAUGAUUGUUGCGAAACAAACAGAGACAAAGAUAAAGAGGAAAUAAGAAGAAAAAAUAUUCAUAAAGCGUUAGCUAAAAAUAUAGAUCGAUAAGUAUUUGGUCAAUGAGUGGCCAGACUGAUGUAUUAUACUUUUUUAUACAUUGCUGGACUAAGUAAUAAUUGUAAAUUUUUACGCGAUUGUAUACCUGACAAAUAUGAAGUUACUUAGAUUCGCAUAACCAGGUAGAGUACAAAGGUGAGACAGCUAUAGGAGGAUCUGAAUUUGUAAAAGUUUGUAGAAUAUGUAGAAACAGUUGGGAAUCGUAUACCUGAUUCAGUAUCUUAAGUUCCCGAUAAAAUCUCGUGUUUUCUCUUCUUUCAUUUCGUUCAUUGCUUCUUUAAUAUUUUUUUUUAUUUAAACAUAGCAUUGAAACGUUCCUUGAUAUUCAAUUUUAGGCCAGUGGAACUAGGUAACUUUCACGUCGAGCAUGUAAUUAUUUUUUUUAAGCAAUGACUAUAUGUAUAUUUUUUAGUCAUUCGUUUCGAGAGUAAAAGAAAAACGGAUCUACUUAAAUCUGCGCUUUUUUUCUUUCAUUGUACAAUUUAAGAUGCGAAACGUCUCAAUAUUGUUUUAAGUAUUGGGCGCAAAAAUCCGAAACUCGCUAUGAAAACACAUCGGAGAAAGUAAAAAGAGUGAAAUACAACGUAUAUCUAAAACGAUGUUUUUUCACACUUAAGGACAACCUGCAAAAUGUAAUCAGCAAAUUAUCUUGUUCCUAAUCAAAUUCGAACCUAGGUGAACGAAAUUGGCAACCAAUUCGAAUCACAUUUUCAUUCUUUUUUAUGUUUAUCUCAGGUGUGUUUCGCAAUGCAGAAAUUUGUUUUUAUAUUCUUACGCAUUUAUAAAAAAGCAACUCAAAAGCAAGUAGUGAAGUUGGAAAAUCUGAUUUAUAAAUCUUAUAUUGGAAUGUUCGAAGUAGAUUCAAUCGAAACUUGUAAAUAACGGCGAGCAUCGUCUUUUUACAAACUAGUUUUACACAAUUACAGUAGCUUCGCCUUGCGAAGACGUUGUAAGAUGUUACUUUAAGGUGUACAAAGGCUACUUUUUUUCUAUAAAAUAAAAAAAGAAGAAAAAAGAAAACGAAAAAAGAUUCGAGAUAUGGGACCAAUCGUACGUAUUUAGAGUUUACCUAAGUUUAUAUUUAACUUGUACGCAUUAUUUUUUCUGUUGACUGUUUGUGAAGAUUUUGUUGAACACACAUAUUUUUGUACAGUCGUUGUAAAUACUUUCCCUUUCAUUUCUAAUGUACGAUUAAUGAAUUUCGAUCGAACCACGUCAUUUAGAGAGACGAACAUUUUACGUAAAAAAGAGAUAACGAUUAUGUUGAAGUUUUUUAAUAAAUAAUGUGCGUAGAGAUUAACAUUAGAAUAUUUAAUGGAAAUUAUUUUCUUUCUUCAUAGACUUGAUACUUCAAGUCAAAAAAAAAACCUGUAGAAUUAUGUAUUUCGUCAUUUUAAUUGAUCGAUUAACUUUAGCAUCUAUUAACUUAGCGCACUGUCUGAUCUCGACAAACGGGUAAAUGUCACUCUUUAAAAAUAAAAUCUGACAUUAGAUAUUAUUUUUGGCUCGUGUACACCUUGAAGAAUGCCAUAAUAAUAAUGGAUGUAUUUUUUUAAUGCAUUUUCAGCGGUAGGUGCUGCGAGAAUCGAAUAAUAAAUACAAGUGUGUAUAAGUCACUUUUUUUAGGCUCUUUGUAAUUAAAAAACUUUGUACGAAUAGUGUAGCCGCCUUCGAGUUACUGAAUCCGCAUCUGAAAAACUUAGUGUUAUGUCGCGCAAGACAUCUGCAUUCCAUCCCGCGCUGCUUCGCAGCCAACGGUCCACGUACCGUCCUUCCGAUGCCCAAUAAAUCCAAGGACCCACCGUAAAAGUUUAACUUUUUAGCGCCAUUGUUUCAACACACGUUUUCAGUUCAUAUGUUUAUCUUGAAGGAUUUUCUAAUUCUAGAAAUGUUUUUGGUCUAUGGCCGGUUUUAGAAAAAUCCUUGGGUUUAUUAUGCGUUCUUAAGAAUUGCGGAGAAAGCGGGUGGUGACCUAACGCAAAAAGCGGAGAUUUAUUUAACGGGAAAUCCGGCUCGAAGGGCCAUGUAUUUUCGAGCUUUCGCGGAGAGACGCGGUCGCGUCAUCCCGUUACGAUUAUAAGAAUCGACACUACGAAUAGAUCGAUCCCCUUAUUUCUUGUAGAAUAAUAGGGGUGAUCGAUGUGGUAUAACACUGCGAUUAACAGGGUUAUAAAAUUUGUAUUUCCAACACUGAAGAGUUACAUCGUUACGUACAAUAUAAAUGACGUAGACGAUACUUAGAAAUACGACACUCCGAUAGAUGAACACUGAAUGUUCUUUCGUAAUAGAGCAAGGUCCUCGUGAUGUGACGGAAGUAACAACUGAACAGACUAAGUAUAGAUAUGUAGUGACUGAGAACAAGUUUAAUCUUAGUCGCGGUGAGUUCCGUUUGUACCGCUGUCAUUAGCUCUACUAGCAAUGGAAUGAUUAGAAAUGGUUGGGUGAGUUGAGACAUACCCAGCUUCAUCAUUAAAACCACUCUCUAUUAACCAUUGCAUUUGAAGAGGUGUUAACUUAUUUGCUGGCUUAAAACCAAGUAAAUUCGAAGUGGCAUUUCCAACAUUGGCAUCGUCAGGUCGAAUGUCUGGAGGUAACUGCCAGACAGGGUCUAAUCCUUCAUCGAUAGUAAAAGACAUGUCCGCAAUUAUUCUUAUGGCAUAAACAACCAAACAAGGAUAUGCGGCAUAUAGAUAAUGGGUGUGUUGAUUGAUCUUACGGAACCACCCAAUAGAAUCGUCUUCCUCAGAUUCAACAUAACUACGAGGCUUUGCUCGCAUUCGAACUUCUCUAUGAUUCAGUUUUGUAUUAUCCAAUCCAUCCAUAAAGUAACCGAUGAUGAUGGUACAUUAUAAUUACCAGCGUAAAUCACUCGCAUAAACGAAUCUUCUUCACUGGUUAUCGGUCUUCCUGGCAUGUCUAGAACUUUCAGCAAUCUCGCAUAACAGUUACAGCUAUAUAAUAGGCGAGCGCUGACACAGGAACUCUUCGUGAGAAAGAAUGAGAAAGAAAGAAUGAAUAAAGAAUUCUUUAAUUCUAAUCGCGUUCGUGGCCCAAGGCGCUAACAGGUGUACAAACCCAGACCUCCGCAUGUAGAGGGGGUUCGUUUACGGGUUUAGGUUUGGGUCGCAAAUGAGGCUUUGAGACUCAAGGCGCGCUCAUCCCUGUCGUCAUAACGAUCAGGGAUGGCGUCAUCAAACCGUCUGGGUUUGUACGCUUGUUCGGAUACCGUGAUAAUCAGAAGAGUUCAAAGGGGGAGAGGGUGUCAGGUCCACCGAAACCUCAGCACUUGUCCACUGUAGCAUCUACUCCUAAGAACGAUCCUUUGUAUCGUGAUGCAGUGAUGGCUGAACCUGGACGUGAAGCGAGACCAAUCGCGGCAGAAGUGCUAGUGUAUCCUGGUUUUCACUCAGUCGAUCAACUGAGUUCACAGGUACACAAAUCUGUGGCUGCUACGUACGCUAAGUAUCGUCUACGUCAUUUAUAUCAUACGUAACGGUGUAACUCUUCAGUGUAUUAAGUAUUGGAAAUACAAAUUUUAUAACCCUGUUAAUCAAUCAGCCCUAUUAUCUCACAAGAAAUAAGGGGGUUGAUUUAUUCGUGGUGUCUAUUCUUAUAAUCGUAACGGGAAUUUACGACUGCCGUUGACGCGUUUUCUCGCUACCGCGUCUCCCCGCGAAAGCUCGAAAAUACACUUAGUAUUAUGGAAAAAGUAUUCUCAUUGAUAUCAGCUAUAAGCUGAUAUACAGCGGCUCAUAGAAGUAUUCGUACAAUUGUCGAUAUCUUUUAUGAAAAUAUUACGUGUAUUAUGGGGAAUACUUUUAAAUUUCGUUAGUACUAUCAUGAUAUUCGACUAUCAUUAUCAUAUUGGUAAAAUUUGUAACUAUUUUGAAAAAAUAUAUCGAAGUUACAAGACAUUUAGUGCAAGUUUAUACAUAUUUUGAUCAAAAAAAUAUUUAAACAGGCAAUCAUCCAAAAUAUUAACGAAUUCUUAGUAUUCAAUAGAACUAUUUUGAACACUGAUUAUAUGCUUAAAGCGACUAUUCGUACUGUGUACUAAUUUUCUAGUAAAUAUAAGUUUGCAGUAAAUAUGUUGUAACUUGUAUAUGUACAUUUUUAGAUUGGAUUCAAGUUGCCAAUAUGAUCUUGGCAAUCGUGUCUCAUUAUAGUGGUAAUAAAAUAUUUAAAUGUCUCAUAUAACACGUGCAAUAUGCACAUAAAAAUUUUCUAUGAUAAGUACGCGAAUACUUUUGCGGGUCACUAUACUACGUUUUAAUCUUUUUAUACGACCAGAGCGUUCAACUUUUUUUCGAAUUAAACAUCCAGGAUUUCCGUUGUUUGUAUCAAUCGAAAUUCCAAACUUUUUAAAUGAGGACAUUUCAAAUUAGGUUGUAAGUUUUCAUUUAUUCUUUAGUCGAUUUUCAGUGUACGCGUAAAGUGUCUUUAGCACUGACAAAAAUACGCUGUUAUACAUUACGAAGGAAGGUGAGCAAACGGUACCCUUGUACAGUUUCCGGUACCUAAAAUUCUACUAAUGCAUCAUUUUAUAAGUCGUAACAUAUAAAAAUACGAUCAUUUGAUGAUGCCUCGAAAUGCAUUUAAUACAUUCCAUCUUGUUUUAGAAGUAAGUUAUAGUAUAUGUAAUUAGGAAUAUUUAUCAUGGAAUAUUUUUAUCAUAAUAUCUUAUCUUAAUUCGUCGCGUUUUAUUGUUAUUAAUUAACAAUUUGACUAAUAUUUCUUUUACAUACCGUGUAAGUAUCGACUUUCCUUUACAAAAUAACUUUUGAAUUCUUGCAUUUCAUGCAUUCAUUUCGAAUGCUAUAAUCAUUUAAAGUCAGAAGCUUCCAAUUCGCGUUUAAUGCAUCGUCACCUUCAUCUACAUUUUUCACAAUUUCUCAUUACACUUAUCAUAAAUGAUUGUACUUUUAUGACACCUUUGGACUCAUAGAAUGAUGCCUUAUUAGAAUUUCAAGUGCCAGAAGAAGUCUAGACGUACUUUUUGACCAUGCUCUUUAGUACUUGCAGUGUAGAAAUCGUGCUUCUACCCGUUUUUGAUUGUGAAAGAUAAUUUUUGUCGAAAUUUUUAUUCUACUGCCUUUCCCCUGUAAUCAAUAGCUAAUGUGAAAUGAAAAAUUACACUGCCAACUAGUGGUUAGAGCAUUGCAAAAUCUUUACCAUUGUUUCAUAGAUCUCUCCGCACCAUUGAUGAUAUUUAUAUAUGAUAAACUAGAGGUAUGAUUGAAGUAUCAAGUUUUUUUAUAUAUAACGUGAAAGUAUUAUAAUUCACCAGUUGAGUAACAAAUUCAUCAAAUUAAUCAAGUACUUUACUUUUAAAAUAACAUAUUCAUUAGAUGAAGGAGAAAAAUAAAACAAAGCUACUUUAAGCAGCUGGGAAAUAAUAAACCAAUUUUUUUAAUUAAGUAACGAGAUGAUUAUGUUGUACAUAAAUACAAAUAGCGUUCAUUGUGAUGAAUAUGUAUAUCAAUCCGAUUGAUUAACUGAAAAAUUACUUGUGCAGAACCUGCAUUCCAUUCGAAGAAACUAUUAACUCUUUAUUUUUUGUAAAAGAGAGUAGGGAAAGAUUUGGAAGAUUUCUUCUUAUUUUUCUAUAUAACAAAUCAUUAAAGUAAAACACAUGACAAGAUCAUUCAAUUUCAACAUUAUUCCAUCGAUAAAAGAUUAAACUCUAGUGAAUGAUUAUAUUUAUAAUUCAUAAUAAUAAAAAAAAAAAAUAAUAAUAAUAAUAAGAAAACGUACAAUAAAGAAGUAGUGUAGCUUUUGUACCUGUUUGUAAUAUUUCUAUACGAUAUUAUUAGUGUAUGUAACAUUCGUGUAGAUGCAGCAAAGUAAUUUGUAACAAUAAUGUAUAUGUGCAAUGAGAAGUUUCAAUAAUAAAACGUUGAGAAAUGUA